AUGGUCGACAUCAUCCCUGUCUCGUCAUACCCAUCGCACAUCUCUCUCCUCCCAUCCAUCCAACAAUGCAACCUGACGAACCUGCCCGAGAACUACUUCCUUAAAUACUACCUGUACCACGCCCUGACAUGGCCGCAACUGUCGUAUGUGGCUGUGGUGCGCGGCCCCGGCGGCAAACCAUCAGCCUAUCCGAAAGUGGUGGGCUACGUGCUGGCCAAGAUGGAGGAAGAGCCCACCGACGGCGUGGCACACGGACAUAUCACGAGUUUAUCUGUGAUGCGGACACAUCGUCGACUCGGGAUUGCGGAGAAGUUGAUGCGCAUGAGCCAACGAGCUAUGGCGGAAGUGUUCAACGCCAACUACGUGAGCUUGCAUGUGCGCAUGUCUAAUGUCGCUGCGCUGCAUCUGUACCGAGACACCCUGGGCUUUCAGGUCGAGAAGGUCGAGAGCAAAUACUACGCCGACGGGGAAGAUGCGUAUGCGAUGAAGAUGGACCUGACGGGAAUGCAGCUCAAGAUCCUGCCGGAUGAUGACAAGGACGACGAGCAAGAUGAAGGUGAUGCUGUGGGGUCGGCCGGCAAGAAGGGAGACAGUGACGGUCAGGUCAAUGGUGAAGGGGGCAAGAAGGAGAAAAUGAUCAAGGUCAAGGUCGGGAAGAGUUUGGGAGUGGGUGAUUUGGUGGAGAGGAACGAGGGUUCGACAGGUGCACAGUAUUGA